CGUUUCCGUUUCCGGGUGUUUUUCCUUCUUUUUUUAGUAGAAUUUUUCUAUAUAUUAGUACAAAAUAUAUACUUAAAGAUAUAUUUUAUAAUAUCUAUAUUAAUUUUAUACAUAAAUAUUUAUGCAGAAAUGCUCGGCAGAUUUUUCCCAUUAAAAAAUACAAAUCAGCUCAAAACUAUAAAUUCGGCAAGAUGCUUUGGUUCUAUAAAGAAGACAAGUAAAAAGGCAAAGUUUCUAAUUGGAACUAGGUUACCGAACACGGACCUCUAUACAUCUUCACCUAAAGACGUCAUAAAGCCUGCAGAUUUAUUUUCUAAAAGAAAAUCCGUACUCUUUAGCGUUCCUGGGGCUUUUGUACCAGGUUGUAGCCACGGGCAUAUACCAGAAUAUUUAGAAAAUGUUGAAAGAUUUAAGACCGAAGGGUAUACUGUUAUCGCAUGUCUGUCCGUUAAUGAUCCUUACGUAAUGACUGCGUGGGGAAAAUCUGUUGAUCCAGAUCGUAAGCUUUUAAUGUUGUCAGAUCCAAAGGCCGAGUUUACAAAAGCCAUAGGUAUGGAGUUGGAUUGCACUUCAUUAUUAGGAGAUAUCAGGUCAAAAAGGUAUUCGCUUCUAAUCGACGAUGGCGUUGUUACACACGUUAGUCAAGAGCCCGACGAUUCUGGUUUGUCCUGUUUGCUAUGCAUUCAAAAAAUGAAGAGGAUACAACAAUCAACAAUAGACAGAUAAGAUAUUUAAGAAGAAGGAAAAACUUUAUAAAACUUGAAUUACAAUAAACGUCAAUGUACGAUUUAUACGCGAAAGAAAACGGGACAUUAUAAAAAAAAUAUAAAUAGUAAAUAGGUUUUAAUCUGUAAAUUCAUUAUACGAAGGGUCUCUCCCCCAGCUUUAUGAAUAACGUUUAAAAUAGUAAAAAGAGACCCACCAGAAUAAUAAUACUUGAAUUUAUAUUUUUCAUCCGAUAAUGUUGUAUUUAAAUGCAAUAAAUAAAUAAAUAGAUGGAAAUGGAAAACUAUUACAUUUUUCAAGUGAAUUCUGACAAGAAUGAGUGAAAAUGCAGUGAAAAAGGGAGGGAAAAAAAUCAUUUUGCAUGGAAAUAGUCAAGGAUCGACUAUGCUAUAAGUUAAAGUAAAAUACUGUAUAUAUAAAUAUAAAAGUCUUCUUCAAACUCCUAGAAAGAUUAAUAAAAAACGUUAUCUGCAAUUCUCUUUCAAAAGAAACACUGCAUAGAAUGGUUAACCAUUCCCUUUUAGUAAACAGACGACGGCCACUACGGAGACAGAUUGUUAAUUUUUAGUCAGCUGAAAUUAGACGACGACCUAUAUAUAGUUUAUACAGAUACUGGUACUACAGUUGCUAAAUAUACACCUUUAAUUGUAUUUAAUAAACAGUUAAUACAUUUAUUUGUUCAUAGGAGAUACAUUGAAUGCUCCUACUACUAUACGUGUAACUGUAUACACUACAUACUGUAUUAUACAGGGGUCUAUAUUACAGUAUAUGCAGCAUAAGAUGUAGAACUUAAAGUACUCUAUACUGCAAAUUUAAUAAGAUUCACAUUAUA